AUGAGCACCAAGUCGUCCCUCGCGCAGGAGGAACCGAAAGAUGACGUUUCCUGCUCGCAGGCGCCGUUAGCCCCCGCGUCGCCGGCACUCGACGAGCUGCUGGGGCGAAGCGACCUGAGCGAAGCGUCACGGGUGUCCGUGUGGGGGAGCCCGUGCGUCUCGGGCAGCGCCCUCCCCGCUGACAACUUCCAGAGAGCCUCGCCCAACACCGGAGACGCGCCGCUGUGCGCGGCGGCGCUCUCCCGCAUGGCGAAGGACGCCGCUACUGGGGAUAUGUCGCUUCGCGCGGACUUUUUAGACAAGAACGCGCUGCCGCUGGUGAAGUUGAAUAAAGGGCAUCGAAACUUGAGCAUGAUCACCAUUAUGCCAGAAACAGAAGACAGCAACUGCGGUUCGCCGCUGAGGCCUGAGACGGAGGUGGCGCCUGUGAUCAACACCGCGAUGAGGGUGCGGGGGUCCAGGGUGUCCACAUCGAUGGCCAGUGCUGAAAGCGUCUGCGGGGACUCCGUCGCGCAGGGCCACCUCAGCGCUUGCAACCUUGAUGGCUUAUCCUUCCAGUUGCUGAGCGGCAAUGUGAGGUCGACAUCGGAUGCCCUUGCCGGUCACUGCGUGCAGAGGACGGACGGCGUGGUGUCGGAGUCCGUAGCGGAGGAUGCAGGGACAAGCGUUCGUGUCGAAGUGGGCAGCGAUACACGGUGUCGUGUAAUGUCACAAAGUGAAUCGGCGUUCGCCGUGGACGACUCGCGAAACGGCAUCGCUGGCGAUACCGUUAGUGAUGUGUCGUCGCUGCACGUACCGCUGUGCAAUUUCCUUCCGCUGAACAAGGAAAACCUCGAGGAGCUGCGUCUGCAGAUCGCGUCGGGGCAGUGCCCUCUCCGCGAGGAGGUGCUAAUGGGGCUCAACGCCGCAAUGCUGCCCAAGCCCGAUGCGUCGCAAAGCAUGUUGGUUGAGCCGCCUGCCGCCGUUUCACGCCUCGGUGACGCGGGGAUGCCGCAGGAGGAGACCCUCUCGAACGGGUUGCCCAAAGCCCCCAGCUGCUGUGAAGAUGCGCCGAACGCAGAUGUCUGGGAGGGCGAAAUGAAUGCACUGAGGCGGCUUGUGGAGAACGUGGUAGCAGAUAUGCAGAGAGAGACGUCGGAGCGCGCCAGCAUCAUUGCGGAUAUGGUCGGCCUCCGCCACCUCCUACAGGUUCACACCAAGGAGGAAGCGAAAGUUCUUCAGGCAUCUGAAGAAAAACGUUGUGCGUUCCAAACAAUAGUAGAGACAAACCUCGCACGAAUAGAGACACAGAUGAUGGAGGCUGAUGCACAGAUAUCAGUGGGAUUGUCUACAGAGAUGGAUGUGCUCAAGCAGAUGGUGAAUGAAGAGAUGCAAAGCUUGCGAACUCAUUAUGAAGGGCAGCUCAGCGCCGUUCUUCAGGAGGUAAACGAUCGUCUUGGGAAGGCGGAUCAACUAAUGAAAAGCGUACUAGAGCGACAGAAGGAACUACAACAGCAGGUGGACUACGCCUUUCGCUUGGAGGCCCUUCCUCCUGGUGAGGCAAUUCCUGACGGGGAAAAAAUACGUUUGGUGAUUGAUCUUCAUAUUUUCGAUGAACACCAGGAAGUGCUGCUCCCCAUCAGCAGCAAGGCAACAGUGGGGAUCUGCAAGCGCGAACUCCUUCGGCGAAUUCGUCAUCAAGGGUUGAUUGACGAUGACAUCCGAUACUCCAAUGUAGUGCUUUUGCAUGGAAAUGUUGCAUUGUACGAGGAGGACGUCCUGUCGGACAUUUUUACCUCUGAAGUUCAAAAUGCCGGAAACGGAGGAUGUUGUCUAAAACUAACGCUGCGCACCACACAUACAAGACGCAGCGGCAGCUCGGUUACGAUGCAAAAAGACACAUUCGGAAGUACACCUUCUGCGACUGUAGAGCCAGGUGCUAGUUCGUUAGGUACUGGUGCUUCUGCUUCUGAUGCGGAUCCGGCUCAGGCUUCAUCUUCAGCUACGAAAACAGUUUUCUCCUCUUCCUUGCCGCAUGUGAACAUUCUGCCUAUAUGCAUCCCAACCACUGAGAAGCCUCCGCAAUCGGAGGACUUUGGUGUGUUGCGUGCAAAUAUUGUGGACGAUCUUAGCCAAAACGAGUCCCUCGAUCGUCGACUGGUGUGGGAGCUCGAGCGUAUAGAGUUCGAUGCCAUCAAGAGGGACGAGCAGUCACGUCAUAUUGUUGUUGCAAAAGAUGCACUGAAUCGCAUACGCGCCACCUUGUUGGAUCGUGUCAUGUAUUCUUCAGUCGAGGCGCACCGCCGCCUGGCCCGAAGUGCGCUUGAGAAGUUGGACCGUGCACUGCUCCCCGGCAGCACCGUGGAGGAAAUGGGCCUGGCGAGCAGCACGGCCGCGGCGACUCUGCAAAGCAUCAGCUCUACAGAAGGAGAGGACGAACGCGUCACCGCUAUGCAGGAAGAUAUGCGUGUUGAAGAGGAGCGUAAGCAGAAGCUGGUAGAAGACAUCAAGGUGUUGAAUGACGAAAUUUCCAAUAGGCUGCGCAUCCCAGCCAAUUUAAUGAGGCGCGCAGAGUCUGUGACGCAAAGCGCGCAGCGAGCUAUCAUUCUGGCGCCCACCAUGUCGCAAAAGGACCUUGACGCGGUGCACGAGGCACUGGUGGAUUACUGUGCCGCUGUUCGUACGCAAAACUGA